AUGCAGGACAACUCAUUUCGAGAUAUUUCGAGCAUUUGCCCAUUUAAACAUGUACACGUUGAUCUUUGCUGCUGCACCAUUUUGACUUCUUCAGGAGCAAGUGAAUUUGCGAGGCCCUAUGCUGGCACCGAGCUCAUUCGCUUCGACCGGCUACGGUAUGGUGGCCGCUCACAGGCAAGAAUCUCACUCGAAAGCAAAACAAAAAGGGAGAGUGCGCCUUUGUCGCAGGCAUCUGGGGACAAUCCGCUUUUGGAGCAGGAUGCACAGUUCCUGUGCUUGGAUGGUGCUGUCGCACUUGCCACCAGCUCGCGUCUGGCAGUUUACCGUUUCCAGUUGCACGUGCAGGUAGCCUCCUCGAGCAAGCGCGUUUACGUUUGGGAUGUGGCCGCUGAGAAGGUUUUAGCCGCUGCCAGUGGUCACUCACGGCCCAUCAGCUGCUUGCGGCUGGCUCAGCCGCUGCCCCAGAGCACGGAGCCUUCCGUGGUCCCGACAUCUCAAGGAGUGCCGCUGCUUCAGAGGCUGAGCCCUUGCUUGCGCUACUUGGGCGCCCCUUCGGAAGACGGAUCCGUUUGCGUCGCGCGCUUGGCAGACGCAGCAGUGGCAGUUGACUUACAGCCUCGCACGGGCUCGAUGGUCUCUGCGGGUUUCGAUGGCAUGGUGGAGUACCCAGAGGAGACAGAGAUCACACCGCUGGGUGUGGAGGGAGAUUAUGUGGCGCCUGCAGCAAGGGACUUGUACUUCGCCCAGGAGCCAAAUCUCAUCGCGCCUUUUGAUUUCGAUUACGAGACGAUCAUCAACUUUACGACAAAUUUGAGAUGGGCCCAGCUGCUGUUUCUCCCUCCGGCCUGGUUCUCGGUGGCCUGCUGCUACCCGUGCUUCCUGCAGCAAAACGUGGAGUGGGAGGUGAGGUCGCAGCACGUAGCGCUGACCGUAGACGGCAUCAGGUUUGUGAAGGAAAAGCGGAAAUCAAUGUGCGGCCUGCCAUGCACCGACAAGGGCCGCGAAAGCAAGACUGUGCCGUAUGACAAGAUUACGGACUGUGACGUGAUGGAACCCGCUGGAACAGCGUGUUGCUGUUGUAUUCCGAGACUUGCCUGCAGCACAGAUUUGUGUUUGGCUGAGAAGAAUCUGGUAACGUUAGUUUGUGGAACUUGUCAUUGGGUUUCAACUGUUUCCAAUUCGACAUUUCUGUGA